CAGCCGGGCGGGAGGAGCGGGCGGCCGCCGGCCCGCGGUGCGCGUGGGGCUGAAAGGGGCGGGCGCCCGGGACCCCCGGCGAUGCUGCCGCCGCCGCGCGCUUAGCGAGCGCCCGAGCCGGCUGCGGAGGAAGGCUCUUAAGUCUUCUAAACCACUUAGGAUCAUGCUGGCCCUUAGCAAUCCCUUACUACUUCACUAUUCUCUGCUAAAAUUGCCUUCAUCUCUUCUCAUGAUCACAGUUUCUCCCCAGCCAGACAUGAACACACCUGCCAGCGCUAAAUACCUGUGAACUCCAUGGUCCCCUCCUGACAUCAGAAAGACGACAUCAGAAAGACACGGAGUGGUGGCCUCUGAGAACCAGCUCCUGUCCUUUGGUCUUGGCCUUGCCCUUCCUGCUCAAGGUCCACGAUGGAGACGCUCUCCCAGGACUCUUUGCUGGAAUGUCAGAUCUGUUUCAAUUACUACAGCCCGCGGCGAAGGCCCAAGUUGCUGGACUGCAAACACACCUGCUGCUCAGUGUGCCUCCAGCAGAUGAGGACGAGCCAGAAGGACGUGAGGUGCCCCUGGUGUCGAGGCAUCACCAAGCUGCCCCCAGGCUUCUCCGUGUCCCAGCUCCCAGAUGACCCCGAGGUCCUGGCCGUGAUCGCCAUUCCGCACACUUCUGAGCACACCCCUGUUUUCAUAAAACUUCCCAGCAAUGGGUGCUAUAUGCUGCCCCUGCCCAUCUCUAAGGAGCGCACACUGCUGCCUGGAGACGUGGGCUGCCGCCUGCUGCCCGGGAGCCAGCAGAAGUCUGUCACUGUGGUGACCAUCCCUGCUGAACAGCAGCCCCUGCAAGGUGGGGCUCCCCAGGAGGUGGUGGAGGAGGAGCCAGAUAGGCGGGGCGUGGUGAAAAGCUCCACCUGGUCUGGUGUGUGCACUGUCAUCCUGGUGGCCUGCGUCUUGGUCUUCCUCCUCGGCAUCGUGCUCCACAACAUGUCUUGCAUUUCUAAGCGCUUCACUGUGAUAUCCUGUGGCUGAUGUGGGGUGCAGGGGAGGCUCUGUGGGUACCAACUUAGGGGUUGAGCAGGUGUUGGUGAUGGGAUCCCGGCUGAGAAGGUGGGGGAUGACACUGACCAUUUGGUGCCAAGCACUGGCCUCUGGGUUGCCACUUGAUUCGCCCGAAGACAGACGCCAAGGGCAGAAGGUGAGGUCUCAACAAGAUACCGGGAGAAUUGUCCUGAGAAUUGAUGGCAACAGCUUUGAAGAUGAUUGCAUGCGUCCUCAUAAUCAUGUAUUAAAUGGGCUGUAAUUUAUGAUUUUUCAAGAUCAUGUACGAGAUAGACAUAUUCUACUUAGACCUUCAGCAGUACACGUGCGUACCAAUGUGAUCUCUUAAAGCAGUAGAUUAAAACAGAGAUGCUGUUUAUACAAGUAGAGUUAAACCUCGAAUCCUUGUGAAAAUUCAGUGAAGACAUACAGUCCUGGCUUCUUUGCUUUUUGUUUUUUAAACGAAACCCAGUCUUCAUUUAGUUGCUAAGGCUUUAUAUACAUUUUGAAUGGCAUCCAAAUCAAAAUAAGUGAAACAGACUGUCGUGUUCUCGGAGAAAAUAUUUGAACAAGUGUCUCUAGUGUGUUGUAUUUUGUCAUGUACCUUCCUUUUCCUUCACUUGUGAUUAGAGCUCGCUACAUGUUUAUUAAAUGGAAAGCCCAACAGGGGAGCAAUAAACUGAGAAAUAAUGAGAAAUGCCUGAAUCCCACAGGAAACCUGUAUGCCAAUUUUUCUCAAGCCAUCUCCCAAAAUAAGAAUUUAAAAUGUAAAUAUUAUGUAUUUGUGGAUA